AUGUCGUCAGAUAGAGCUCGCAGGCAAAUUAAAACGAGAGGAAAUGAUUUAGAACGUGAAAGUGCAUUGGAACAAUUAAAACGAGCAAGACAAGGUGGUUCAAGUGCAAUUAUUGAACAACCAGCAACAACAAAUGAAUCGGAUGAAGAAGAAGAGGAUGAUGAUGAUUAUGGAAGUGAUUCUGAAAAUUAUGAAGAUAUAAAAUCAUCUACUAAACGUAAAUCUAGUAAUUCUCAUCAAAAAGAUUCAAAAAGAUUAAAGAAAAAACAGCAUUAUUCUGAUCAUGAUGAUGAGGAUGAACAGCAAACAAAUGCUUCUGAACAAAAACGUCGUGCUCAAGUCUUUGCUAAACCUCAAGAAGAAUCUACAGGCAUGCAUGAUAUUAAAUCAAUGUUUGCUGCAAGUAAAACACGAAAUGUUCAACGACAAGAACAAAAUCAAAAAGAUGAAUCCGAUAAAUUACUUUCCGAUAUUAUGUUUGAAUUACAAAAACCCAAACUAAAAACAACUCGCCCAACACCAGCAGCAGCAGCACCACCACCACAACCUGCCAAAAUCGAAUAUAAAUCAGUUGAAAUCUCUCGUCCUGAACAAAUUUCAACACCAUCAGUACUACCAACACCAUCAUUACCAACACAUAAUUCCAAUCAUUCAUUACAUCAAGAAAAAGAACUUGAUUGGGGUGAUGAUGAUAGUAUAUGUUUUGAUGCUGUAUCAAAAUUAAUGAAUGAUACAGUUCCACCAAUAAAACAUCCAUCACCACCUCCAAUAUCAAAAUCUUUAAUUCAAUUUGAUACACAAGAACUUGAAUUUGUUACCGAUGAACAAUUAGUUAAAUCAGCUCGAACAUUUCAUACAUCACCAACAAAAGAAAUUGAUCAAAACGAAAUUUUGAAUAAAGAUGAACAUUUUAAAAUUUUUUGGUUUGAUGCUUACGAAGAUCCAGUUGCUCAACCGGGUAAACUUUUUAUUUUUGGUAAAACACCAUUGUUAAAUGAUGAUAAAUCUACAAGUAAAACAUUUGUUAGUGUUUGUUUAAUUAUUGAUAAUAUUCCAAAACAAGUCUUCUUUAUACCAAAAACUGGAAAUUCAGCAUCCGACGUUGAAGAUGAAUUAUUUAUAAUUGCCAAACGAUUUAAAAUAACAAAUUACACAUCAUCGAUUGUAAAAAAACGACGUUUUGAUCCUGAUUUAAUUUCUACUGAUGUACUUAAUGAAAUCGAUAUUGUUGAAAUGAAAUAUCCAGCUCGUUGUACAUCAUUACCUAGUGAUUUACAAGGAGAUUCAUUUCAAUGUGUUUAUGGUACAAAUCAAUCGCCUUUAGAAUAUCUAUUAAUGGAUAAAAAACUUAAAGGACCAUGUUGGUUAAAUAUAAAAAAUUGUGCACCAGUAAAGACUCGACGAAGUUGGUGUAAACUUGAAUAUGAUGUAGAUUAUUAUAGUGGAGCCGAUCGUCUAAUGACGAAUAUCGAAAUUAGUACAAUAAAUCCACCACCACCACCGUUGGUGGCUGUAACAUUAUCAUUAGUUACAUUACCAAAUACAAAAACUCAUGAAACUGAAGUUAUUUGCGUUGCUGGUCUUGUUCAUCAACAAUUUCCAAUUGAUAGUGCAGCACCAAAACGUCCUUAUCAAAAUUAUUUUAUUGCAUUGACUAAACCAAGUGAUUGUAUUCUUCCAUCUGGUCUUGUUAAGGCAGCUGAAUCUCAAAAAAUUAAAAUUGAAACUGUACCUGGUGAACGAGCAUUACUUAUGUAUUUAAUUUCAAAAUUUCAAUUAUUAGAUCCUGAUGUUAUCAUUGGUCAUGAUAUGCGUAUGUUUGGUUUGGAAUUAUUUUUAUCACGUUGUCAAAAAUUAAAAGUUGGUUUAACAGCAUCAAAAAUUGGUCGUCUUCAUCGAACACAUGAUGGAAAAACAAAAGUUUCAACAAUUAAAAAUCCAACAUGUGGUCGUCUUUUAUGUGAUAUAUCAAUAUCAGCACGAGAAUUAUUAACAAAAUGUAAAUCAUAUGAUCUUGAAGAAUUAUGUAAAGUAGUUUUAAAUACUGAACAACUACAACUUUAUAGAAAUUAUUCAAUUGAUCAAACACGAGAUGCGUUUAGUUCAUCAAUGUCAGUUGUUGAUCUUGUACAAGCAACAUUAAAUAAUACAUCAUUAAUAUUAAAUAUCUUUUGUCAAUUAAUGGUUUUACCUCUUGCUUAUCAAUUAACAUGUAUUGCUGGAAAUUUAUUAAGUCGAACGUUAAUGGGUGGUCGAUCAGAAAGAAAUGAUCAUUUAUUAUUACAUGCAUUUACUGAACGAGAUUAUAUUGUACCAGAAAGAAGUCUAAGUUCAAGUCAUCGAACAGCACUCAAACAUACACAAGAAAUUCAUAAUGAAUCAGAUGAAGAAAUUGAUGAUGAAAAUAAAAAAACAACGAAACCUUCUUCAACAUCUUAUAUUGGAGGUCUUGUUUUAGCUCCAAAGAAAGGCUUUUAUGAUCAUUUUAUACUCUUACUUGAUUUCAAUAGUUUAUAUCCAUCAAUUAUUCAAGAAUUUAAUGUUUGUUUUACAACCUAUAUGAAAAAACCAACACAAUCACGUCCAAAUAAUAAUAAUACUGAACAAGAACAAAUUGAUGUUGAUGACAUUAUUGCUCUUGAUGAAACAACAAAAGGUAUUUUACCAUUAGAAAUUUAUAAACUUGUUGAACGUCGUCGUGAAGUUAAAAAAUUAAUAAAAGAAAAAAAGAAUUUAACUGAUGAACAACUUGUUCAAUAUGAUAUUCGUCAAAAAGCAUAUAAAUUAACAGCAAAUAGUUUAUAUGGUUGUUUAGGUUUUAAACAUUCAAGAUUUUAUUGUAAACAACUUGCUGCUUUUAUUACAUGUAAAGGUCGAGAAACUCUAAUGCAAGCAAAAAAUAUUGUUGAACGAAUGAAUUUUGAUGUUAUUUAUGGUGAUACAGAUAGUAUUAUGAUUAAUACAAAUUCAACUGAUUAUGAUCAAGUUAUGGCUAUUGGAACAAAGAUUCGAAAUGAAAUUAAUCGUCAAUAUAAACAUAUUGAAAUUGGUAUUGAUGGUGUAUUUAAAUGUAUGUUAUUACUUAAGAAGAAAAAAUAUGCGGCUUUAAUUGUUGAAAAAACACCAACACAAGAAUUUAUCUAUAAAACAGAAUUAAAAGGUUUGGAUAUUGUUCGACGUGAUUGGUGUCAAUUAGCUCGAUCAAUUGGCGAGUUUGUUGUAUCAGUUAUUCUUUCUGGUCAAUCACGUGAUGAUGUUCUUGAUAAAAUUCAUAAUCGAUUACGAGACUUAGGUGAUGAAAUGCGUACUGGUAAAAUUGAUAUUGAACAAUAUGAAAUAAAUCGACAACUUUCAAAAGAUCCAAGUGAUUAUUCUGAUGUUAAAAGUUUGCCACAUGUACAAAUAGCUGUACGUUUUAAUACAACUUCAACUGGACGAAAAAUGAAACGUGGUGAUACUAUUUCAUAUAUUGUUUGUGAAGAUGGUACACAAAAUUCUGCUAUGCAACGUGGUUAUUUACGUGAAGAAGUUUUAUCAUCACCAUCAUCAUUAACUAUUGAUAUAAAUUAUUAUUUGCAUCAACAAAUUUUACCUGUUAUAUCACGUUUAUUAGAACCAUUUGAUGGUACGGAUCAAGCAUAUCUUGCUCUAUGUCUUGGUUUAGAUUCAUCGAAAUAUAAAAAUCGUCAACAAAAAAAUUAUUCUUCAAAAGAUAAUAAUAAUGUUGAGAAUAAUAAUGAUGAUGAUGAUGAUGAUUUUAAUAGUGAAUUACUUUUUGGUGAAGGAUCUGAAGCUUUUAAACAAUGUGAUCCAUUUGUAUUUCCAUGUGUUCAAUGUCAAACAUUAAAUUUUUGGAAUGCCCCAUUUAUUUUUAAUGAGGUAAAAUUUAUAUUGCAAUUAGCUUUUCAUAUGUGA